UUAGAAGAGGGGAUUUUGUGGCCGUCAUCAUUAAACUUAAACCCUCCUCUUCUGGUUCUCUCUCCCUCCAAACUGAAAAAAUCGAAACACUUUAGCAUAUCAAUGGAGAAAUUAAGAAAAACUGUAAAUCAAAUAGCAUACACUCCCAUAUCUGAAGUACUCUCCACUCUCUCUCCCCUUCAUCUCUCUAUCAUCCCUCUACUCUUUCUCUCUUCCUCCCUCUACAAAAUUGCCCUCUCCUUCCGUCACACUCUCCACCACUUAGGCUUCCUUCGCAAGCACAGGUUACCCGUUCCGGUAAUCAGCGUCGGAAAUUUAACGUGGGGUGGUAAUGGGAAGACUCCGAUGGUCGAAUUCAUUGCAAAUUGGUUGGCUAAUGAUUUUGGGGUUUCACCUCUCAUUCUCACCAGGGGAUAUGGUGGUGCUGAUGAAGCUAAAAUGCUUCAAAGGCAUUUUAAUGGAACAUCUGUGAAGAUUGGUGUGGGUGCAAAUCGGGCAGCGACUGCUGCUUCUUUUCUUCAUAAACAUGGAUUCGUUUAUCCUCUUGACAUAGUUAGUUUCAAGAAACAUAUACCAGAAAGACGAAUUGUUUCUGAUAAAAUUGGAGUUGCAAUUCUUGAUGAUGGAAUGCAGCAUGUAAGCAUGUCACGUGAUUUGGAAAUUGUAAUGGUGAAUGCAUUGUCACCAUGAGGAAACUGCCACUUACUACCUUUUGGACCAUUACGCGAGCCUUUGACUUCAUUUUCCCGUGCUAAUGCCGCCGUAAUCCACCAUUCCGACUUGGUUUCGGAUCAGAAUCUUUCUGUUAUUAAAUCAACGAUUCUCAAAGCUAAUCGAUUUCUUCCCAUAUACUUAUCUACAAUGACACCCACACACUUCUUUAAACCACCAAGUGUCUCAAUUCAAUUAUCUUUAGAAGUUGUAAAUGAAAAGAUAGUUUUAUGUGUUUCUGCAAUCGGUUCUCCUAAUUCUCUCGUGCAAAGAAUUCAAAAGAUGGGCCCGUUGUUUGUUGACCGACUAGACUAUAGCGACCACCACCAGUUUCAAAACGAGGACAUCAUGACAAUCAAAGCAAGACUCAACCAUCUCAAGAACAAGUUUGGCUCCAAACCCACCAUUGUCAUGACAGAAAAGGACUAUGAUCGAGAUCACAAGAUUCUUGGAAGUUUGGAGCCUUUUGAAGUUUUGGUGUUGUGUUGUAAACUGAAGAUUUUAGACCACAAAGAAGAUGAGUUCAAGAAGCUGUUGAUUCACUCCUUGAGUUGAAUGGGGUGAAAGUAUAGUGUAAAAUGGGUUGUUUGAUAACCGGGUGGAUCGGGUCAGGUUGGGUCCAACCCGCCUGGGUCCACGAACCGAACCAUGUAAUACGGGUUUGGUUGCAAAUUUCUAAACGAUGUUAUUUUGUUUAAGUUAAAAAUUGUGGUUGAGAUUAGACUGAUAACAGUUCUUUUUGCUAUGAAUAGAACCAGGUAUUAAGGUUUCAUA